AACUUAGAAACCCUUUUCAAUGUUCGUUCCCGGAAUCUAGGUACAAGCACCCGAUUAAAUGCUGCUUUUAUUAUCUCUCUGGUAUAUCCCCAUCAAACUAUCAUGAAGAAACUUAUGGCGUUGACAUGGUACUGCUUAUCACUUCCACACCACUUCCACGUGCCCUCUCUCCCAUCCCGCCGCCAUCUUUCUCCCUCAUGAAAAAUGGAAAAUAGAACGGCUAAUCCUACAUUCCUACUCAGCAAUCUUAGCCCCCGCUCCCCACUCCUAUAAUCUUUGCUGCCACCUCUUGUAUCUUCCGUGGACCCUCUUGGAAAUUUUGCAGUAAUUGUAGAAACCCAAAUUGGAGAAUUGAAGGAAGAUUGGAGAAUCACGGCAAAGGGAAGGGGCAUUAUUGUUCUUCAUUUUUCUCAUAACGGUUCAUCUGGAAUCGGGUCGGGUCGGGUCGGAUUUGCAGGUACAUGAGCAUCUACUAGCUCAUUGAAUCUUUUUCUUUGGGUUGAAUUGACGUUUUCUUGUGUUAAAGUAAAGCAAGGUCCAGCCUUUAUCACUGUGAUAGCUUCUAGGGUUUAUUACAACAGUUAUAGGAAGGUAGCAGUUUUUUUUCUUUUAGCUUUAUAUUGGAAGAAAGUUAUAAGUUGAAGGAAAAUUCGCAUCAGUAUGGCUUCUGAUAGGAACUUGAAACCAAUUAAUUUGGGGCCUGCGAGUAUGUUAAGAACUGUCCAGCUGGAAGAAUCACUCAUGGUUCCAGGGGGCGUUUACGGAAAUGCCAUCCCAGGGUUUACCCCACAAACAAUAACUCACUACCCUGUAACAACCCCUGAUACCGGAUUCGUGAGCCUAGGUUUUACCAAUGGUGUCCCUGUCGUGUGCGGAGGCGGGGUCCUGCCACGGAUUCCGUCCAAAGAAGUUGGUGCUGGCGGGAAUUCGUUGUCCUCAGGUAGGAAAGUGAAACUCCUCUGCAGUUUUGGCGGGAAAAUACAGCCGAGGCCUAGCGAUAGGGCAUUGAGGUAUGUAGGGGGGCAGACUAGGAUCAUUGGAGUAAGGCGGGAUGUGAGUUUUCAUGAUUUCAUCAGGAAGAUGGCGGACGUGUAUGGGGAAGAUGUGGCAAUUAAGUACCAGUUGCCGGAUGAGGAGCUCGACGCGCUCGUCUCUGUCUCUUCCCCCAAUGAUCUCGAGAACAUGAUGGAUGAGUUCGAGAAGUUGGCGGACGGGUCCGCAAAGUUGCGGGUGUUCCUGUUUUCACCAUCAGAAGUUGGCAGCAGCGGAGUCACAAAUGUCAGGACCAAUUCUAGUGCUAAUUCGGAGGCAAGCGGCAGUCAAGGAGCAAACGCAAUACCACUUUCCAGUGAGGCAGCAGUAUUACCUAGCAGGAUAGCUUCAGCUCCUCCUCCAAGUGCAGUAGUGGAACCAAAUCCAGCCGUAUAUCCUGAAUGUGGUUUUGGUUUGCCUAAACCAGGAAUCAGUUUCCAGUUGCAUUCAACACAUGCACCGUCUGAUAUGCUGACCCAUCCAGAUUAUAACCCAAAACAAUUUACUUCACCGCUAUGGGGAGAAGGUGGGAUCACGAGUGUCGGGGUCAAUGCUAGUGCUAACUUGGAGGCAAGCAGUGGUCAAGGAGUGAUCACAGUGCCACUUUCCAGUGACACAGUGGUAUUACCUAGCGGGAUAUCUUCAGCUCCUCCUCCAAGGGCAGUAUUGGAACCAAAUCCAGCCACGUAUUCUGAAUCUGGUUUUGAUUUGCUGAAACCAGGAGUAAGUUUCCCAUUACAUUCAACAUAUGCACCGUCUGAUAUCCUGAUUCGUCCAGAUUAUUACCCACAACAAUUGCCUUUGCAGUUUUUCGGGGGAGUCGGGGUCAAAAGUGUCGGGCCCAAUGCUAGUGCUAACUUGGGCGCAAGCAGCGGUCAAGGAGCUACUGCAAUACCACUUACCGGUGAGGCAUCUGUACCGCCUUGUGGGAUAGCUUCAGCUCCUCCUCCAAGGGCAGUAGUGGAAUCAAAUCCAGCCAUAUAUUCAGAGUCUGGUUUUGAUUUGCUGAAAGCAGGAGUAAGUUUUCAGCCGCAUUCGGCAUAUGCACCGUAUGGUAUGCUGACCCAUCUAGAUUAUUACCCACAACAAUUACCUUCACAGUUUUUGGGGGAAGGUGGGGUCAUGAGUGCCGGGUCCAACACUAGUGCUAACUCUGAGGCAAGCGUGGGUCAAGGAGUGAUCGCAAUACCACUCUCCGGUGAGGUAACGGUAUUACCUGGCGGUAUAUCUUCAGCUCCUCCUCCUCCAAGGGCAGUAUUGGAACCAAAUCCAGCCAUAUGUUCUGAAUCUAGUUUUGAUUUGCUGAAACCAGGAGUAGGUUUACAGUUGUGCUCGACAUAUGCACCGUCUGAUAUGCUGACCUGUCCAGAUUAUUACCCACAACAGUUUUUGGGGGAAGGUGGGCCAGUCUUCACCCAACAGCCUUUAACUGCAGGUGCUACACUUCAGCAAUUUGUUUCUUCUCACGUCACUGCGAACCCCAACCUUAAUCGUGUUCCAAAUAACCCUCCACAAGUUAGAUUUGAACAAUUUCCUUCAGAAAACACUCCGGCAACUUCAACAUUAGCAGGGUGCCAUCAGAUUCCUGCUAAUAAGGAUCAGGAAUGUGAUAAAAUACAGUCAGAUUUCUAUCAAUUGCUCCCUGGGGGUGUAGCAGGAUUGUCUAGUGGCAUGCAAUUGCAAUCUCAUUAUUCACAAUUUAUACCCACGGUUCCUCUUUCAUGUCAAGUUGAUACACCUGAGAACCUGUUUGUCCCAUUGCAGUACCAUGUUAAAGAAACUAUAAAUGCAAACGAGAAUCUUAAGCAAGUCGAGAGUAGAAUGGGAAAUCUUAAAUUAUAUGAUAAAUUUAUAGAGGACAUUGCCUUGGAAAACAAUGUUCAACAGGUUGUUCAGGGCCCCACAUUUGUUGAUGCAAACGACACCCAAAAGACUGAGAUGCCCAGCACGACAUCAGCACAAACCACAUUAUUGGAGAGUCUGUGGCCCCUGGAACCAUGUGCGGUAUUGCCUCCUCCUCUAGAUGCACAGGAAAACUCAUCCUCGCUGUUCAGCAACCUGGAUCCUUGGAAUAUCAUGCAGUGUGAUGCUCAUUUCCCGCCACCUAUGCCUAGCAAAAUCCGGCUGAGAAAGGAAACUGUGGCUGUCAAGAAUCAUCAAUCAGAUGAUGGUGAGAUGACCAUAGAUGGGAAUCAGGGAUUAGGAGCAAAAAUGCGGGUGUAUAGAGGAGUUUCUCCAUCUUCUGCCUAUCCAAACAAGGACUCAGGCUCAGCAGAUGAAAUAAUCAAGCAAGAACUUCAGGCUGUUGCUGAGGACGUAGCGGCAUCUGUUCUCCAAUCAUCCCUUCCUUCUAACACAGAGCAUAGUAGCGAAGUUCAAAGUGCAGGUGAAGAAAAGCAUUCUGACAGAAAUAAGUGCGAGAAAGUGGAAAUUGAGUUGCCAGAGAGGAGAGAUUUUGGAUUUGCUUUGUCAGCUGACAUUGGUCACUUGCAGAUUAUAAAGAACAACGAUCUUGAAGAAUUUCGGGAAUUGGGUUCAGGCACUUUUGGCACUGUUUUUCAUGGAAAGUGGAGAGGAACGGAUGUUGCUAUCAAACGGAUCAAUGACAGAUGUUUUGCUGGAAAGCCUUCAGAAGAAAAACGAAUGAGGGAAGAUUUCUGGAAUGAAGCCAUUAACCUUGCAGACUUGCACCAUCCAAACGUUGUUGCAUUCUAUGGUGUUGUGCUCGAUGGGCCCAAUGGUUCUGUGGCAACAGUUACCGAAUAUAUGGUUAAUGGUUCUCUGAGGAAUGCUCUGCACAACCAUGAGAGGAGCAUUGAUAAGUGGAAGCGUAUUUUGAUAGCAAUGGAUGUAGCAUUUGGAAUGGAAUACUUGCAUGGGAAGAACAUUGUACACUUUGACUUGAAAAGUGAUAACCUAUUGGUUAAUCUCCGUGAUCCACACCGCCCUAUUUGCAAGGUUGGUGAUUUGGGACUCUCCAAAGUGAAAUGCCAGACACUUAUCUCAGGUGGUGUGCGUGGGACCCUUCCAUGGAUGGCACCCGAGCUUCUCAAUGGCAAUAGUAAUCUUGUCUCGGAGAAGGUUGACAUUUUUUCCUUUGGAGUCGUAAUGUGGGAACUUUUAACCGGAGAAGAACCAUAUGCAGACUUGCAUUAUGGCGCCAUAAUCGGCGGUAUUGUGAGCAACACACUGCGGCCGACUGUACCAGAAUCAUGUGACCCCGAUUGGAGAGCUCUCAUGGAAAGAUGCUGGUCAGCUGAACCAUCAGAGAGGCCGAGUUUCAGUGAGAUUGCAAAUGAAUUACGGGUUAUCGCAUCAAAGUUCCGGCCUAAAGGAUAGAGCCAAUGGUUACUUACACCUGCAAUUUCCCAAGCUAAAUGUUGGACCCUUAUACAUGGUUAUUGUCUAGCCUCUUUUAAAAAAUUAUUUAAAAAAAGGAAAAUUCAUGUAAAAGAACGUUCAUUUGAGAUGAAGAUCCUAUUUUUAUAAAAUAUAAAUCUGAACCGGUCUUUAUGUAACCAAUUUCACGCAUUUGUAAUUUUGUAUAUAUUACAAUCAACAUUCUCAGUCUCAUAGACCACUCCCAGGAGUCCCAGGAAGUUUGCAGUGAACCGUUUAGAAGCGAAGAACGCAGUUUGAAC